AUGUCAGAUUCCAUCACAUCUGGCCCGCGCGGCCAACACAUACCACCAAACCAUCUGGGAACCAGCGUCCCUUCGGGCGCUUUCCCCGGAAAACCCACGGAAAGUGUCCCCGAGGAGAAAAAGCAGGUGUUCCACGAAGAUGAGGAUGAGGAUGAGGACAUGGAUGCCCUCAUUGAAGAGCUCGAAUCCGAGGAUGGCCAUCUGGACAUCGAGGAUGAUGAGAUCGGUGAGACCGGCAGUGCCCGCCCGGUCCCAGAGGAGCUGCUCCAAACCGAUACGCGCCGGGGUCUGAUGGAUCAGGAGGUCCUGUCACGCCGCAAGAAGUACGGUCUCAAUCAGAUGAAGGAGGAGAAGGAAAAUCUGAUAUUGAAGUUUUUGAGUUAUUUCGUUGGACCGAUUCAAUUUGUUAUGGAGGCUGCUGCUAUUCUCGCUGCUGGUCUUGAGGACUGGGUCGAUUUCGGUGUUAUUUGCGGUCUGCUAUUGCUCAAUGCCGCUGUCGGUUUCAUCCAGGAAUUCCAGGCCGGUUCUAUCGUUGACGAAUUGAAGAAAACUCUAGCCCUCAAAGCUGUUGUUCUUCGCAAUGGCCGUCUCACAGAAGUCGAAGCUCCCGAAGUCGUGCCUGGUGAUAUCCUUCAGGUCGAGGAGGGUACUAUCAUCCCAGCGGAUGGCCGCAUUGUUACCGAAGACGCUUUCCUCCAGGUCGAUCAGUCUGCUAUUACCGGUGAAUCUCUUGCUGUUGACAAGCACAAGGGCGAUACCUGCUACGCUUCUUCCGCUGUCAAGCGUGGUGAGGCCUUCAUGGUCAUCACUUCCACCGGUGACAACACUUUCGUCGGUCGUGCUGCUGCUCUCGUCAACGCUGCCUCUGCCGGAACUGGUCAUUUCACUGAAGUGCUCAAUGGUAUCGGAACCGUUCUCCUCAUCUUGGUCAUUCUCACUCUGUUGGUUGUCUGGGUUUCCUCUUUCUAUCGCUCCAACGGCAUUGUCACCAUUCUCGAGUUCACUCUGGCUAUCACGAUCAUCGGUGUCCCCGUCGGUCUCCCAGCUGUCGUCACCACCACAAUGGCUGUCGGUGCCGCCUACCUUGCCAAGAAGAAGGCUAUUGUCCAGAAGCUGUCCGCCAUUGAGUCUCUUGCUGGUGUCGAAAUCCUCUGCUCUGACAAGACCGGUACCUUGACCAAGAACAAGCUCUCUCUCGCUGAACCCUACUGCGUUGCCGGUGUUGACCCCGAUGACCUUAUGUUGACUGCUUGCUUGGCCGCUUCCCGCAAGAAGAAGGGUAUUGAUGCCAUUGACAAGGCUUUCCUCAAGUCCCUCAAAUACUACCCCCGCGCCAAGUCCGUUCUCACCCAGUACAAGGUCCUCGAAUUCCACCCUUUCGACCCAGUCUCCAAGAAAGUCAGCGCAGUCGUCAUCUCUCCUCAAGGUGAACGCAUUACUUGCGUUAAAGGGGCUCCUCUUUUCGUGCUCAAGACCGUCGAGGAAGACCACGCCAUCCCUGAAGACGUUGACAAUGCCUACAAGAACAAAGUCGCUGAAUUCGCUACCCGUGGUUUCCGUUCCCUUGGUGUUGCCCGCAAGCGCGGUGAAGGCUCCUGGGAAAUUCUCGGAAUCAUGCCCUGCUCGGAUCCUCCCCGUCACGAUACCGCAAAGACUAUCAAUGAAGCCAAAACUCUCGGUCUCUCCAUCAAGAUGUUGACUGGGGACGCUGUCGGUAUCGCCCGUGAAACUUCCCGUCAACUCGGCCUAGGUACCAACGUGUACAACGCAGAGCGUCUCGGUCUCGGUGGCGGAGGAACCAUGCCUGGGUCUGAAGUGUACGAUUUUGUCGAAGCCGCCGAUGGAUUCGCUGAAGUCUUCCCCCAGCACAAAUACAACGUCGUCGAAAUUCUGCAACAGCGUGGAUACCUCGUCGCUAUGACUGGUGACGGUGUUAACGACGCUCCGUCCCUCAAGAAGGCUGAUACCGGAAUUGCUGUCGAAGGUGCAUCUGACGCCGCCAGGUCCGCCGCCGAUAUUGUCUUCCUUGCUCCCGGCUUAUCUGCCAUCAUCGACGCGCUGAAAACCUCCCGCCAGAUUUUCCAUCGUAUGUACGCCUACGUUGUGUACCGUAUCGCUCUCUCCCUCCAUCUCGAAAUCUUCCUGGGUCUCUGGAUUGCCAUUCUGAACACCUCUCUCAAUCUCCAGCUGGUGGUCUUCAUCGCUAUUUUCGCUGACAUCGCCACCCUCGCCAUCGCCUACGACAACGCUCCCUUCUCCAAGACACCCGUCAAGUGGAACCUGCCAAAGCUGUGGGGUAUGUCCGUUCUGCUCGGUAUCAUCCUCGCCGUCGGAACCUGGAUUACCCUCUCGACCAUGUUGGUCGGAACUCAGAACGGAGGUAUCGUGCAGAACUUCGGUGUCCGCGACGAAGUGCUCUUCCUCCAGAUCUCCCUGACAGAGAACUGGCUCAUCUUCAUCACCCGCGCCAACGGGCCAUUCUGGUCCUCCAUCCCAUCCUGGCAAUUAUCCGGUGCCAUCUUACUCGUCGAUGUCGUGGCUACCUUCUUCACCUUGUUCGGUUGGUUCGUGGGCGGACAGACCUCCAUCGUCGCCGUGGUGAGAGUAUGGAUCUUCUCUUUCGGAUGUUUCUGUGUGCUGGGAGGCAUUUACUAUUUGCUUCAGGGAAGUGCUGGGUUUGAUAACAUGAUGCAUGGCAAGAGUCCGAAGAAGAACCAGAAGCAGAGAAGCUUGGAGGAUUUUGUCGUUUCCCUCCAACGUGUCUCCACCCAACACGAGAAGAGCACAUAA